AUGAAGUUAUUAAAUUUAACAAAGGCAUCUACCGAUGGUAAAGAAACAACAAUUUCUCUUCUUCCACAAGACAAAGAAGAUCUGUUUGCUAUCUAUCAGAUUAUAAAUAAAGAUGAUGAUGUGAUUUUCAAGAAGAUGAUCACUUCAAAAUUAGAUGAAUCUGGGAAGAAGAAAAGUACAGACUUAGUCUUAUUAAGAUUAAAAAUCAUUUCCAGUGAAUUCGAUAUGAAAAGUGAAUCAUUAAGAUAUAAGGGUGUAACAGUAACUGAUGACACAGAAAGAGCUAAUAUCGAUAUACCUGUUGGGAAGUAUUUUAGUUUUGAUAUAGGUUACACUUAUCCUUUUACAAUUAUCAAAGAAGAUUUUAAUCAUUAUGAAGAAAAAAUUUUAAAUGAAGCUUGCCAUACUGAAUUGAGAUCAGAUACAGCAGCUGUUGUGUUACAGGAAGGUAUUUCACAUGUCUGCUUACUUACAAAUUCUUCGACAAUUUUGAAACAAAAAAUUGAAUACAGCAUGCCAAAAAAGAAAAGGUCCACAGAUGUCCUAAAAUUCGAUGAUAAGACUGAGAAAUUCUAUAAAGCUACAUAUGAAGCAAUAAAGAAGAAUUUUGAUUUUGAUAAAUUGAAAAUCAUUAUUCUAUGUUCUCCAGGAUUCUAUGCUAAAACAUUAUUUGAAAAAAUCAUUCAAUACUCUCAGGAAGAACAAAACAAGACAGUUCUUAAUAAUAAAUCCAAAUUUCUAGUUGCUCAUAGCUCUACUGGAUACUUACAAGGCAUAUCAGAAGUGUUGAAAAAUCCUUCCUAUUCAACUCUGCUACGUGACACAAAAUAUACAAAAGAGGCCAUUAUUAUAGACGAAUUUUUACAGCAUUUAAAUGACGAUGAUUUCAAAGCUUGGUACGGUGAGCAAGAAAUCUUUAAGGCUGCUGAAAUGGGUGCAAUUGAAACACUUCUUAUUACUGAUACAAUGCUACGUUCUGACGAUGUCUCAAAAAGAAAACAGUUCUUGGAAUUGGUUGAUAACGUUGAGAAACUUGGGGGUAAUGUAUUUGUCUUUAGUGAAUUACACAGCUCUGGUGAAGAGUUGAAUAAGCUAACUGGUGUUGCAUGCAUAUUAAAGUAUCCAUUACCUGAUUUAGAUGAAGAUUUAGAAUAA